CUCUGUAUUCCCAGAACUGUCCAGAGGAGAAGGUCCCAGAGAAUCCUCAGAUGACAAAUCAGGGGGAAGAUCUGACUGAUAUUAAGGUGGAGGAUGUAGAAGAGAGGAUGAUGGGCGAUCCCUCGUGUAAGAGUGAGGUGGAGGAGGACAUUCCAGGAGAUGUCACCACAGAAAAUCCCGGUAAGAAUUCUGAGCAAAACUUCGUGUUAUCGCUAAAUUAUAAAGUGGAAGAUGAAGAUGUCAUGCAGCACACUUCAGAAGAAAACCUCAUUACCGUUAACGUAAAUCCAGGACUUCACAGUACAAAUCAGUCAUUUAAUCCCCCUAAUUAUGAGGAACCUUCUCCUGAUAAAUCACAGAUUGUUACCACAAUUACAGGUCAGAAAGGGGGUAAAGAGUUCACCAAAAGCGCACGUCUUUCUACACAGAGAGAAAUUCACACAGGAGAGAAGCCAUACUACUGUUCAGAAUGUGGGAAAUGUUUUACAUAUAAAUCAAAUUUUGUUAUACAUGAGAGAACUCACACAGGAGAGAAGCCAUAUUCAUGUUCUGAAUGUGGGAAAUGUUUUGCAGGUAAAUCAAAUCUUGUUUCCCAUCAGAAAAGUCACAGCGGCGAGAAGCCAUAUUCAUGUUCAGAAUGUGGGAAAAGUUUUACACAUAAAUUUAGUCUUGCUAAACAUGAAAGAAGUCACACAGGAGAGAAGCCGUAUUUCUGUUCGGAAUGUGGAAAAUGUUUUACACAUCAAUCAAGUCUUGUUAAACAUGAGAGGUAUCACACAGGAGAGAAGCCAUAUUCAUGUUCAGUAUGUGGGAAAUAUUUUACACAUCAAUCAAGUCUUGUUUCUCAUGAAAAAAUUCACACAGGAGAGAAGCUGUAUUCAUGUUCAGAAUGUGGAAAAUGUUUUACAGAUAAAUCACAUCUUGUUAGACAUGAGAGGCAUCACACAGGAGAGAAGCCAUAUUCAUGUUCAGAAUGUGGGAAAUAUUUUACAGAUAAAUCAAAUCUUGUUAGGCAUAAGAAAGGUCACACAGGAGAAGAGUCAUAUUCAUGUUCAAAAUGUGGGAAAUGUUUUAAACGAAAAUCAAGUCUCAUUACACAUGAGAGAAUUCACACAGGAGAGAAGCCAUAUUCAUGUUCGAAAUGUGGGAAAUGUUUUGCUGAUAAAUCAUGUUUUGUUAGACAUGGUAGAAUUCACACAGGAGAGAAGCCAUAUUCAUGUAUGGGCGAUCCCAGUGAGGUGGAGGAGGACAUUCCAGGAGAUGUCACUGCAGAAAAUCCCUGUAAGAAUUCUGUGGAAAACGUCAUGUUAUCACUAAAUUAUAAAGUAAAAGAUAAAGAUAUCAUGCAGCGCUCUUCAGGAGAAAACCUCAUUAUCUUUAAUGUAUAUCCAGGACUUCACAGUACAGAGGUGUCUUGUAAUCCGAAAGGGGAUGAAAGGUUUCAAUAUGGUAAACAGUUUACAAGAAGUUCAGGUCUUUCUACACAACGAGGAACUCACAGUGGAGAGAAGCCAUACUCCUGUUCAGAAUGUGGAAAAUGUUUUACAUAUAAAUCAAUUUUUGUUAUACAUGAGAGAACUCACACAGGAGAGAAGCCGUAUUCAUGUUCAGAAUGUGGCAAAUGUUUUGCAGAUAAAUCAAAUCUUGUAUCCCAUGAGAGAAGUCACACAGGAGAGAAACCAUAUUCAUGUUCAGAAUGUGGGAAAAGUUUUAAACAUAAAUUAAGUCUUGUUAGACAUGAGAGAAGUCACACAGGAGAGAAACCAUAUUUCUGUUCAGAAUGUGGAAAAUGCUUUACACAUCAAUCAAGUCUUGCUACACAUGAAAGAAUUCACACAGGAGAGAAGCUAUAUUCGUGCUCAGAAUGUGGGAAAUGUUUUAUUAAAAAAUCUUAUCUUGUUACCCAUGAGAGAAUUCACACAGGAGAGAAGAUGUAUUCAUGUUCAGAAUGUGGAAAAAGUUUUACAGAUAAAUCACAUCUUGUUAGACAUGAGAGAGGUCACACAGGAGAGAAACCAUAUUCAUGUUCAGAAUGUGGAAAACGUUUUACAGAUAAAUCAAAUCUUCUUAGACAUAAGAAAGGUCACAUAGGAGAAGAGUCCUAUUCAUGUUCAGAAUGUGGGAAAUUUUUUAAACGAAAAUCAAAUCGUAUUAUACACGAAAGAAUUCACACAGGAGAGAAGCCGUAUUCAUGUUCUGAAUGUGGGAAAUAUUUUACAGAUAAAUCAAGUUUUUCCAGACAUAAGAGAAUUCACACAGGAGAGAAGCCAUAUUCCUGCUCAGAAUGUGAGAAAUGUUUUACAGAUAAAUCAGAUCUUGCUAAACAUGAGAGAAGUCACACAGGAGAGAAACCAUAUUCAUGUUCAGAAUGUGGAAAAUAUUUUACACGAAAAUCAAAUCUUGUGACACAUGAGAAAAGUCACAUGGGCGAGAAACCAUUUUCAGGCUCAGAAACUGAGAAAUGUUUUAUUGCUGAAGACAAACUUAUGGAGCACAAGAGAAGUCACACAGGAGAGAUUUCGUAUUCAUGUUCAGGAUGUGGGGAACUUUUUAAGCAAAAAUCAGAUCUCAUUACACAUGAGAGAAAUCACACAGAAGAGAAGCUGUAUUCAUGUUCAGAAUGUGGGAAAUGUUUUAAACAAAAAUCAGAGCUUGUUACACAUGAGAGAAAUCACACAGGAGCAAAACCAUAUUCAUGUUCAGAAUGCGGUAAAUGUUUCAAAGAUAAGUCAAAUCUUGUUAGACAUGAGAGAAGAUACACUGGUGAGAAGUCAUUUCCAUGCUCAGAAAGUAAGAAAUGUUUUAUUUCAAAAUCCAAACUUUUAGAGUAUCAGAGGAGUCACACAGAAGAGAAGCAGUUUUGAUGUUUUAUCUGUGUAAAUGUUAUUUGAGGAAAUUAAAUUCUAAAACUCAUCGGAUCAGAAGAAACAAAUUUUUGUGAAAUAUGGGAAAUGAUAUGAGACAAUUUUUUUUUUAUCCAUGUUAUUCACAGACAGGUAGAUAACUGGGGCUACAUGGCAACCGGUGUCAUGUGACAGCAGGUCUCUAAAUAGUAGCGCAACUUGCUGUUGUGCCACUUUUUUACAGCUGAGAUUUGACUGUAAAAAAAAAAAAGUUGCAGUGGCACAUGACUUGUGUUCGAUGAUAGCAAUGUCUCCAUUUACUGUAACCUGAGACCAAAAAUGCAAGCGUUGGAUUUUUUGUGACUGUCACAUGCCCCAGUUUGAUAUAGUUGACAAUCAUAAGAUGCAGUGUAACAAUGUGACAUUUCAAGUUUUAGAUUUGGUUUAAUUUCAAGUUUUAGAUUUGGCUUUAAAAUGUUGAUUAAUGCCGCAUGACUGCU